AUGACGCAGCUCUUGCGGCGUGCUGUCUCCCAGGUAUCGCGUUCCCGUCUCCAGGCCACCGCCGCCAAUGCAGUGCUCUCGUGUACCACUUUCAACAUUCAUGCUCCAAUUUACAGGCGUCUGGGUCAUGAUGAGGAAAGCCGCGAAAGUGAAUCCCGUGAGCUUUGGCUGAGCAGGAACCAGAAAAUUCUGGACCUGCUGUUGCAGAAGAACUCGUCAGUCGUAUGUUUGCAGGAGUUUUGGCUUGCCAACGACGAGCUUGUGCAGCUGUACGAUCGUCGUCUGGGUGAUGCUGGUUACAAGACGUAUAAGCUGGCGAGAACCAAUGACCGGGGUGACGGGCUCCUCACUGCGGUGAAGAAGGAUGCACUCCGGGUGCUCGACUGUCGAGAGCUACAUUUCCACGACUGCGGUGACCGUGUCGCUCAAGUCCUACACCUGAAAUCCAACAAGGACGACCCUCGGGAACAGCAACAAGUUGUUCUGGUCAACACUCAUCUUAUCUUCCCUCAUGCUUCCAACUACAGCCUCCUGCGGCUGCGACAGGCGUAUAAAAUUCUCAAGUAUGUGGAACAGUUUAAGGACGAGCGCAGCCUGUCGCAUGCGCCGGUUCUUCUCUGCGGUGACUGGAACGGAAGCAAGCGAGGCCAGGUCUACAGAUUCUUGCGCUCUCAAGGGUUUGUGUCGUCUUACGACAUGGCACGGGACUACUGGGACAUCGAUGCAGAUGCACAUCGGUGGGUGAGUCAUCGAAACCACCUCGGGAACGUAUGUGGAGUUGACUUCAUAUGGCUGCUGAAUCCCACUCGACAGCAACCGAUCCCCCUGAGGGAGAGCUGGAAAAGAGCCGUGUUUGGCAUCAUUAAGUCGACGCUCCUUCGCGAGCAUGGCAAACAGGGGCGAGAUGCCUUCGGUUUCUUUCUGCAAGGCAAAGAGCAUGUCACUGACCAAGAUUUCCAUGCCGCAAUCAAGCGACUCGAGCUAUCCAAGGACGAGCUAGCAGAGGAGGAUCUGGAAGGCCUGUCCAGAGAAGAGGUCGAAGAGCUCAUCGUGGCUGCAGACCUCGACGCCAACGGAGUGAUCGACUACAAAGAUUUCCAAGAGACGCUGCUCAACCACGAGAAAAAGAGCUGGUUAACGAGGCUGUUUCAGGGGCUGCAUGAGACGAAGAGCCUAGUGGGAGCGGAUCUACAAGUGCAGCAUGCAUCAUUUUAUCCUCCACAAGUCGAGGAGGGGACUUGGCCCGAGAGCUAUUCACUUUCAGACCAUGCUCCCCUUACUGCUAGCUUUUGUCCCAGGCAGCCAGGGAUGUUAGCGCUGUAA